AUGACCCGUGCCGGCACCACCACCACUACUGUGCACGGUGCAAGAGUAUCAAGCAAACCCAACGAACUAGAAGAUGAGAUCGUUAAGGUGAAUUCAAUAACCAGCGUAAAGGGGAAAUAUGACGAAAAAGAUGAAGUUAUUGCAAUAACUAACCAGAUAGAGUACCAACCAUCACUGGGUGAGGCAUCAGAGUACCAACCAUCACUGGGUGAGGCAUCAGAGUACCAACCGUCAUUGGGUGAGGCAUCAGAGUACCAACCGUCACUGAGUGAAGCAUCAGAGUAUCAACCGUCACUGAGUGAAGCAUCAGAGUACCAACCAUCACUGAGUGAAGCAUCAGAGUACCAGCCAUCACUGAGUGAAGCAUCAGAGUACCAACCAUCACUGAGUGAAGCAUCAGAGUACCAACCGUCACUGAGUGAAGCAUCAGAGUACCAACCGUCACUGAGUGAGGCAUCAGAGUACCAACCAUCACUGACUGAAGCAUCAGAGUACCAACCAUCACUGACUGAAGCAUCAGAGUACCAACCAUCACUGAGUGAAGCAUCAGAGUACCAACCAUCACUGACUGAAGCAUCAGAGUACCAACCAUCACUGAGUGAAGCAUCAGAGUACCAACCCUCACUGACUGAAGCAUCAGAGUACCAACCCUCACUGACUGAAGCAUCAGAGUACCAACCAUCACUGAGUGAAGCAUCAGAGUACCAACCCUCACUGACUGAAGCAUCAGAGUACCAACCCUCACUGACUGAAGCAUCAGAGUACCAACCAUCACUGAGUGAAGCAUCAGAGUACCAUCACUGA